AUGAUGGCGACAAACGGUGUGAAGUUGGAACUCGCGAAAACAAAAGUCAUCCUCACUUCGGAGGUACCAUUUUCAAAAAGGUACCUGAAAUACCUCACAAAGAAGUAUUUGAAACGAAAUGCGCUUCGUGACUGGUUGCGCGUGGUGGCACCAGCAAAAGAUACGUAUGAGUUACGAUACUUCCAGAUCAGCCAGGAUGACGAGGAUGUUAGCGAAAAUGAAUCUUGA